UUCCAUUUAAAUAAAUCAUCUUUGGAAUAAUAUACCUUUGUUUGCUUCAAAAGAAUUUCUUUGAAUGAACACUGUUCCACAAAUAAAACUGCUAAGUUGGUUAUUUUAUUGAAAACAAGACAAGUUACUUGAGGUGCAAGUACGCUGUAAACCUACAUUCUUAGUGCCGAGUCGACUGUGGCUUAUACGUGUAAAAGUUUGGGUGUAAUUUUGAUUGAUUUCAAUUAUUAUGGAUGUAUCCGAGCUGCUAAAAGACUGGGGCUUUGAAUCACUAAUAGAUAUUUUUAAAGGUAUGUAAACAAACUUUGAUAUUCGUAUAUAGAAUUAUAUACCUAAGCAUACGGUAUACGGUUAACAGGCUAAUCCUACUUGAUCAUCUUUGCUUUUUUUCAGUAUACUUCUGAAGUACUUUAACAAAAUGCUUUCAAUCGCUACUGCAAAACUGUGCGACUUCAGAAACCUCAUUGUUCAAUACAGAUGUUUAUUGUAAUUUGUAAAUCAAAUAACCAAUUGUCUUGAUAUUGUGUGUUGAAGUUGAUUAUGAUUUAAAUUUUAAUUAUGUAGGUACGUUACAGUGAAGUAAGCGAAAAAAAGACACGUCCACGCAAAUAGAACUAAUUUUCUUUUACAUAGGGAUACGCUCAUUGGAAAACGUAUACUGUUUACUUAGAGCAAUAUAUGCUUUUUCAUCUUUGUUCAUUCCCAUAGGUUUAUAGAUCUGCAAACAUUAUUUUUGUAUUGUAAUCUUUUUUUAGAAAACGAUAUUGACCAUGAGGCGCUUUUGUUGUUGCAACCAGAUAUAAUUAAAAGUAUAAUUCCCAAAAUUGGCACACUGGCCAAAUUCAUGCAAAAAUUAAACAACUAUAAACAAAUUUUUAAUAGUGAUAUAAUAUUUGAUCUUGAAACAAGCGGCCACAGUUCUAGCACAACAGUGACUCCUACUCCAAGUGUUUGCUCGACCUCUAGUGAUCUUGAACCCAUUUUGCCAAUUGAACAAUAUGUUCCUAUAAAUCCAAGUCUUACCACAUUUUAUGGGGAAGAAGAAUUUGACAAACUUAUAAAUCCAACUAAAAAUUUUAAUUUGAAGUCAAUACUUGAAGAGUCUUGCAUGGGAAAAAUAAUUCUAAAACAGUAUAAAGAUAAUAACACAUUAGAUAGGAGGAAUCGAACUAUUUUAGUAGAUUUGAUAAUUUCACAUAUUUUUAAAACUCAUGGCAGCUACUUGUCCAAUGAGCACUUAGAAGAGUUGACUUCGAAGAUUAUCAAUCUUUUUCCAACCGAAAAAGCCGAAAUUUACUUUGUGAAACCAGUGAAAAAAAUUAACUCGAAAUUUAGUAGAUCUCAAGUAGCACGAGGGAAAUUGGUGGACCGAUAUCGUAACAGUAGAACAAAAUUACGUGAAGCUGGCCUCCUUCCAUGUUCAAGUUCAAGUGCCACACAACUAAGUACUCCCGAAGUCACUAAUGAUACAGCAGCAGAAACCAUAAAAAAAAGGAAAGUCAUCAAUGGUUAAAAUGUCGUUUAGAACCAUGGAGUGAUGUAAUCAGGCACUGGAAUGUAACAUUUGAUAUGCGACACAACUGUGAUUUAAAAAAUGUGCAUGAUUUUUUAACAGAGUGGCCGCCAUUAAAGGCAACAUUAGGAUUCAGUUUGAUCGACAUUGAUUUCGAUAAGCUGUUCCCAGACAAAGGACUGUUACUUCAGGAUAAUUGGGAAAAUUUCUAUCAAAUUAUUUUCAAUAACAAAAAAGACUUUGUCAAAGAUACGGCGGGUUUGGAAUUAUUGUACCUCUUGGAAAAUCAAGAAUUAAAUCAAAGUUCAAAAACUGCAGUUCAAUUGUUAUUACUACCAUAUUUAGUUCCUCCCAAAGGGAGAUCAAGAAAAGGUAAAGAUCAUUGGAAAGCAACUACAUUAGAAUGCCAGCAAUCUCUGAUUUUACAUGCAAAGAUACCGGCAGAUAUUGAUGCACUAAUCGAAGAAAAAAUUAAUACAGGUAAAGAGGCCAACGCAACCGUGCAACCAUACAUAAUCAUUUUGGGACCAUCUCUACUCGAAAUCGAUUGUGCUUAUUUGGUACUGGAUAGCGUACGUUAUCGUUUUACUGACACUUUGCGAGCAUUUGAAAUCUGUUUUAAAGCAUUUCAUGCAUGCAAUUUAUAUUACCCCUUUCAAUGUGAACAUUUAUAUAUGCUGGUGCAAUUGUGCCUUUUUAAAAUUAAAACAAAAUGGGACAAAGUGGUCCCAUAUAUUAUGGAUUUAGUUGUUGCCUUGGAUCAGUUUUGAAUUUUCCACAUUUACCGUUAUGAAUAAACGUGAUUAUAGGUUAACAUGAAUUGUAUAUUUUGUGAAAAGUUUUGCAUAAAUGUGAACCAACUUUUUACACACAUUAAAUUUAAACAUAAUGAUGCUAAGCACUUUUCAUGUAAUGAGUCUGGUUGUCACCGUCAAUAUCAAAAUUUACAUAUGUUUAAGAAACAUCUUGUUAAUAAACACAAAUUUAAUAAAUUUUGUGUUAAUAAGGGACAAUUGGACGUGCGACUAAAUGAUCAAAAUAUUACCACAAAUGUCAGUUUGCUAAGCGAAUUUCACGAGUCAAAUGCUUCGUUGUCUAAUGUUCCGCAAUGCAAUGGUCCCUCAGAUGUGCAAAUUCUAGAAAAUGUCGGAGAUAUAUCAUCUCGCCAUAUAAAUGAAAAUAUCAGGCUAUCUGUAAUCAAUUUUAUAUCUAAAUUGCAUAAUAAUGCGUCCCUAAACAGAACUGACAUAAAUCAAAUAAUUAAUGAUACAGCAGAACUAUUUUCAACAGGAUUUAUAACUAUGAUUAAAAAUAAAAUUAAACCGUAUAUGACAAAUGCUCCAGUAGAACUAAUUGAGGAAAUUGAAGCAGUAUUUAAUCAUUUAGAUAACCCCUUCUUUGACUUAAAGACAGAGCACCUGCGAAUAAAAUAUUUUGAAAAAAGUAAUUAUUUUAUAAAGCCUCAAAGUUUUGCAAUUGGAACUUUAACUGACACUCUAAGAAAAAACGAUAAAAUUAUUUUAAACAUUAAAGAAAGUGAAGGUAUAUUUAUUAGUAUGAUCGACACCUUGCAAGCAUUUUUGGAAUUACCUGGGGUUUUGGAAAAAAUUUUUGAAUACAAACACUUUUUAGAAACUUCUUCGAAUUCUAUACAAAAUCUAAUGCAAGCUAACUAUUGGCGGAAGCUUGUAACUAAGUUACCAAACAAAAUUUUGCUCCCAUUAAUAAUUUACUAUGACGAUUUUGAAUCGUCUAAUCCACUCGGAUCGCAUGCCGGGGUGUAUAAAAUAGGGGCAGUUUAUUACACCUUACCUGUAAUUCCUCCACAAUACUCCUCACAACUAGAUAAUAUAUUUUUGGUCCAGUUAUUUAACGCCAAUGAUAAAACUGCGUUUGGAAAUCAUGCUGUAUUUAGUAAGUUAGUAGCGGAAUUAACCACUUUAGAAAAUACAGGACUUAACGUUAAAUAUUCUGGACAGAAUAUUAAUAUCUGUUUCCCGCUAGUUUUAUUGGUGGGGGACAACCUAGGGAUUCACUCCGUUUUAGGUUACCAUGAAAGUUUUUCGUCAAAUUACCCAUGUAGGUUUUGCAUUGCCGAUAAAAAAUUGAUUCAUAGUCAAUUAGUGGAGGAUACUCAACUCGCUCGAAAUGAGAAAAAUUAUGAAACUGAUGUCGCCACAUGUUCUCGCGGUAUUAAAGAAAGGUGUGUUUUUAAUAGUUUGCCUAAUUUCCAUCCAACCAAAAAUACUGCAUGCGAUAUAAUGCAUGACCUUUUAGAAGGUGUAUGUCGCUAUGAUAUGGCAAAAAUCAUUUCAACAUUUAUCAAAGAUCGAUAUUUCACAUUAAAUAGUUUAAAUAAUAGAAUUCGUUUUUUUCAGUAUAAUUCAUUAAAUCAACGUUAAAGGAAAGGAUGUAUCGUUAUGUCUUCAGCAGAAAUGUUAAACUUAGUACGAAAUUUUAGUUUAAUCGUUGGUGAUCUUAUACCAGAAGAUAAUGAGCUUUGGGAAUGAUAUCUAACAUUGUUGAAAAUAAUUGAAAUAUGUUUGAGUACCUCUAUACUCCCCGAGCAUGCUUCAAUGUUAUAUAUUUUGAUAAGUGAACACCACCAGUUGUACUUGAAAUAUUUCAAAGAUCUUAAGCCAAAGCACCAUUUCUUGGUACAUUACCCCCGCCUAAUUUUGGAAUUUGGUCCAUUGGUAAAUAUUUGGUGCAUGCGUUAUGAAUCAAAACAUAGCAAAAAAUGUAUGCAGUAAGCGUAAUAUUACGUACACUUUGGCUUUCAAACACCAAUUAAAAAUGUGUUCUCGCUUUAUAAGCGGCACUGGAUUUGUCGAUAAAAUAUCACAUGCACCUGAGAAUGAUGUAUCCAUGUCCGAUUUAAAUGAUUAUUUAGCGUUUCAACAUCUAUUGCCGUCAUAUAUUGGCAAGACUUGUUGUGUAAUUAGUUGGUUUAAUCUUCAUGGCAUUACUUAUAAACCCAAUCAAAUUGUUUGUGUGUCUAAUAGUGAGACUGUUUCAUUUUAUAAGAUAUUUUUUAUUUUAAUGCAUAACUGCGAAACAAUUUUUAUUUGUAAGUUAUUAUCAUGUGAAUAUGUGUAUCAUUUUCAUGCGUAUAGAAUAUUUGAAGUCUUAAAUAUUUACAAAGUUUAUGAAGUUCAAGAUUUACAUACUGUUGUACCUUCUAUUGCUAUUACCACACCUGAUGGUAAA